GGUGACGUUAAACACAAACGCGCGCGACAGUUAUUCAUGUGCGCGCGAGCUUAUCAACGACUUUUUCCCGUAACAAUCGACAUUGGAUCACAUAAAGAGCAAUCGGGUUGCUACAUUUUGUUUUUCCCUUACAUGGAUACCCUACCAGGUGAACUUAUCGCACAGAUAUUAUCUUACCUUCAUCCGAUAUACGAAGACCUUCCACGGUAUUGCACAAUUUGUCGAAGGUGGGAGCGCAUCAUUCAAAACACUGGACUUCUGUGGAGACAUAUUCACCUUCAUGACGACCGAGACGCCCGUCAGGAAUUUGAAGAUGACUAUGCGAGUAUAUUGUGCCACUGCUUUAAGAAAUAUGGUCAUUUUAUUCAAUGCAUAAGAGCAGAAGAUCAGACGUAUUUCACUCGUACUGAAGUCAGGAGAUUACUCACCUCACUCCCAAACUUGACAAGACUUGACAUUCCCGUGCUCUCGUGGAGUAGAGUCUUUGCGCAGUCGUUGAAAAGUGCAGCUGUGUUCAAGUUCUUAACAAUCGAUGACUACAGGGCGCUUGUUAAAAGACGUUCACACUUCGGCAAUCGACGUUUACGCAUUCAUAAGCGCGGGAUUCGAGUGUGGGAUUUAAGAGUCCUUGCGCGUCAGUUCAAAUCUUUGGAAUCAUUGACUCUGAAUAUAAACAUUUUUAAGCUCUGUCGACAUGGAAUCGUUCCUAUACUGGAUGAGCUCAAGCUGAAGGAACUGCACCUUGAAUGCGCUCCUUAUGGUAUGGAAGAGCUUCCAAGCGAAGAAAGUGUGUCGCUCCCACCAAUCAAGGCUUUGAUGAACUCUCGCCACUCCCCUACUCUUGUUAGCCUUGAUUUACACUACCUACCUAUAGGUGUCUCCGACUUAGUGAGUUAUUUGGAGAAUUUUAAGUUCUUGAAGCAGCUUUUUGUUGCUUUUGCAGACGGAACAAACACUACCUCUUCAAAUUCUUUAGUUCUGAAAUCGAGCAGUCUUGCAACGCUGUUUUUAACCGGCUUACCAAGUAGAAAUAUCGAUAGUCUAAAAUGUGUGCUUCCUAACUUGGAAGUUUUACUUAUAUCAGAAUGCCAUUACUUGACUUCUGUUGAGAUUCUCGCAACAAACAUUUUGACUUUUAUUCUGCAAGGAAACUGUCAGCUUUCCAGAGUGAAGGCCCAUUGCAAGGGUUUACAUGACUUGCUGAUGUACGAGUGCCCUGCAAUUGAACCAGAUUCCUUUAAGGAUUUCUUGUCAGAAUGCCCAAACAUAAGACAAAUGGAAGUAUCCGUGGACUGGGGCGUUAUUGAGCUUGACAGAGAACACUGCAAUAGCUUAAUACAGCUUACAAUUCGUGAUGUGGGUAUGAGUCUGUCAAAGCUCAAAGUGGAUUGUCCAACCCUGGAAUACUUCAAAUGUUCUGGAGACGUAUUCCCCAAAAAACAAAAGAACAGUAAGAGUGUGGCCGGCUGCGACAUCGAGAUAUCGGCCAACUCUCUCAAGAAGGUUCAAAUUUUUGACAUUGGAAGCGCCAAUCGCGUCACUGUGCACUGUAUCGAAGCUCAUAUGAUUCAAGUCACGGGCCUACAGCCGUGGCAGAGACCGCUGAUUGUGGAACUCAAUGCGUCACGUAGAGUGGGGACGGUGUUCUUAACUGGUCUGACCAUAGGUUUGGCUAUUAUUAAUUCAACUGAUGUGGAUUACUUGAUUAUUGAAAAUUGUUCACUAGCGCACAAGAACAAGCAACGAAAUAUGCGAUUUAAGUGCAAAACUAUUCGCGGACUAAGCCUGUUGCGUUGUUCUGGCAUGAAGAGUUUCAAUUUACAUGUAUCUUGCGUGGAGAACCUUUCCAUAGACUCGUGCUCAAAUCUUCGCGAUUUGGACAUAAGUGCGUCGAGGCUUCACUGCAUUCGAAUUAUCGACUGCCCUCACUUGGAGCCCGUUAACGAAAUGCUUAAACCGGAAUUAUACGACGGUAGAAUUUCUUCUCUCUGCGUAAGAGAUCUAGUCAUUAAGAAAUGA